UGAUUGGCUAUGCUUCGAACCUGUUCAGACAUCCUAUUUCCCUGUGACGUGAUAUAUAAAUAGAUCUAACAUUCUCUUCUGUGAUACUGACGUUGGACAAAGAUGACGAAGACAAAGCAUUAUAUUUUAUUGGCAUUAGGAUGUUCUAUUCUUUUCGCAGGUGCCCAAGCUUUAGACGAUGAUGGUGACAACAAUAAAGUAAAACUGAAAGAUGGUAGUGGCAAAAGUCGGGACAGGUCAAGAACUGAGAAAAAAGUAGUUAAAAGAGGUUCAUUUGUAACACAAGAAAGUCCAACUAGAAGUGAAUCUUUCCAAUUACAUUUAACAGAUACUAAAAGUAACGUUCCAAAAGAACACCUGGGAAGCGGCAAAUUGCGGGCCAUUCUAUUGAAAACGAUCAAAAAGAUUGCAGUUCCUAAUGAUUUUAAUGGUAAUGGAAUACAUAAUGCUCUUGCCAAAUAUAGUAAGGAAAAUGGUGUUUUGAAUUAUCUUAAGGUUGAUACUGAUGGUGAUGGAGUUCCUGAUCAUUUAGAUGAUGAUGAUGACAAUGAUGGUAUUCCUGAUUCUAAAGAUAACGACAGAAAUGGAGUUGUAAUAAAUACUUUGAUGGAAAUAGAUACAGAUGGUGAUGGGGUUCCUGAUUAUAUAGAUGAUGAUGAUGACAAUGAUGGUAUUCCUGAUGAACUGGACGACGAUGAUGACGGUGAUGGGAUUCCUGAUGACCAAGAAAUAGAUACAGAUGGUGACGGGAUUCCUGAUUAUAUAGAUGAUGAUGAUGACAAUGAUGGUAUUCCUGAUGAACUGGACGACGAUGAUGACGGUGACGGGAUUCCUGAUGACAAAGAAGUAUAAUUCUGAUGGUGAUGAAAUUCCAGAUAAUUUAGAUGAUGAUGAAGACAAUGAAGAGAUGCAAGACGAUUUAGAUAAUUUAUGACUUUUAGAUUAAAAUUCUUAUUGUAAAGCAGUUUUUUCUCUAUCAAAAAUGUUUUUAUAAUCACAUUUAUUAUUAUACGGAUUUGUAUGUAGUAUGUACAAAAAUAGAUUUACUAUCUUUUGGUUAGUGUUCAGAUUAAUUCUCUGUAUUUGGUUUUUUGAAUAUUUAUUACUUCUUAAUUUUGCACCACAAUUCAAAUUCUUCCAUUUUGAUCCUUCAGUGCUGUACUGGCAUACUAAUCUAUUUUAAUUUCCAAUUCCAUUAAUUUAUGUCUAGGCAAAUAAAAUUAUUUGUGACGUAAUAAGCUUACCAAAUUUGAUUGUUUAGUUUUCAGGUGCCUAAACUAGUGACUAUCUUAUAACUUAUAAAAUACUAUUUUGUGAACACUACCAGAAAUGAUGUGUUUUAUAUAUGUAUGUAUUUGUAAAUGCUCAUGGAAGUGCUCCAACUGUAUGAAUUAGUGAAAUAACUAACAUUUUAUGCACUGACUGAUCUAAUCAGACCAAAUUUUUUUGGAUAAACAUUACUUUAUGUAUUCACAUCAAGGCAAACAGAUUUUUUAUGUUUAUUUCAAUGUAAUUCAGUUAAAAAUGAUUGUCUUUAUCUAAUUUGUGUGUGUGAGUGCAAAACAUACGUCUAUCCUUUAAAAUAGUUUUUCUCAAAGACUUAUAAAGUAUUUCAAAAUUGCAAAAACUUUUUCACUUGUCAUGUUUUGUUAAAAAUAAACAUUAUUUUCUACUUAA